AUGUGUCCUUGUAAAUCAGCUGGAAUGUAUAGUAUUUUAUUGUUGUUGUUGAUUGUGUCACUGGAGCGCGUAAAUGGAGCGGCAUUCGAGUACAAUUUGCAAAAACCCCAAAAUGUCCACCUCGAAAACGGCUUGGCCGAUAAGAGCGUAAGCAACGAAGGCAUUUUGUGGGUCCAAGAAAUGAAGCAACUGCGGCGACAUAUAAAGGAUUGCGCACAGCAAACGGGCGAUACCAUGUGGAACUGCUUCAAGGCGAGAGGUGCACGCAUAUUCGAAGAUGUUCUCUCAUCUAAUGUGAUUCCCGUGUGGCCAGGCGUCCGCCUGGUACGAAUGCCCGCUCUGACGCAUGCAACAAAUGACAGCCUCCCAAGGGACUUCAGUGAAUAUUACGAUCGCAAAGACCUACAGCAUCUCACUUGGUUCGAUCGACUCGCCAUGCGGUUGGCACACACGCUUAGCACCCAUUUCCUACAGGUGAACUUGAAGGAGCUAACCGACGCUUACAUGCAUGCUCUGGAGAAAGAAGGGCAUACAAACAGAGUCGCUGCUGAUGAGCUUGGCACCGCCCGCCAUCGCCGUCAGCGCUACAAUAUGAUGAUUACAAUGAUGUUUGGGGUCACCGCUUUGGGUGCUGUGCUUGUGCCAAUGGGCUUUCAAAUGCUUUCCAUUGUGAGCGGCAAAGCUUUGCUGUUGGCGAAAAUGGCACUAUUGUUAGCUUCCAUCAAUGGGCUCAAGAAGGUGGCCAACAGCGGCAUACAUUACGGUCUCUAUCACGUACCCGGUGAGCAUUACGGCUAUUACGAUCGAGGCGAUGCCCCGCAUCAUCCAAGGCAAGUGGCCGGUUUUACUGUGGCGCAACCAGUCACCGAAGAACUGGGACUAAAGAAAUGA